GGAAGCUGCCUCCUUUCCUGAAGCUUCCAGAACCUCUGAAGUGGGAGGAACCCAGUUCUACCUCAUGUUUUGGGGAGCUUGCUAGCUAUGGCUCUUAUCCUUGGCUGCUUACUGCUGCUGGGGCUGUGUGGGAAGACCAUUUCAGCAGGGCCGCCUUCGUCUACACAGACUCCUGAGGGUCUGCAUUUUGACUUGCCUGCAGUGAACUAUGAGACCAGUGGCUCCCCUAGUACAGGAUCCAUUACAGGUCUCUUUCGAAUGGUGCACACCUUUCUCCAUGUUGUUCAGCCCCACAAUUUUCCUGAAGAUACUGUCAGAAAAAUUAUACAAAAGAAGUUUGACCUCAUGGAGGAUUAUAAGGAGGUGGUCUUCUAUGAAAUCGGGCUCAUUAUCUGUGCUGUGCUGGGCCUGCUCUUUGUUAUUCUGAUGCCUCUGGUGGGGUGUUGCUUUUGUAUGUGUCGCUGCUGUAACCACUGUGGUGGCGAAAUGCAUCAGCGACAGAAGAAAAACGGGCCCUACCUGAAGAGAUACUUUGCGAUCUCCCUCUUGGUGAUUUGUAUAUUGAUAAGCAUUGGCAUCAUCUAUGGUUUUGUGGCAAACCACCACCUCAGGACGAAGAUCAGAAGGACUCGGAAACUGGCAGACAGCAAUUUCAAAGACUUACGAACGUUCCUGAAUGAAACGCCAGCGCAAAUCAACUAUAUAUUGAGCCAGUACAACACCACCAAGGAAAGGGCAAUCUUGGAUCUGAACAAUGUUAAACCAUUGCUAGGAGAUGGAAUUCGUGAUCAACUAAGACCUAAGGUGAUCCCUGUCCUUGAUGACAUCAAGGCCAUGGCAACAGCCAUCAGAGAGACCAAAGAGGCCCUGGAGAAGGUGAACAACACCUUGGAGGAACUUGAAAGUGGGUUUGAACAUCUGAACACCAGCCUGAGCAACAUCAGGACCGAGCUGGAGAACUCGCUCAAUGACUCGACGUGCUCUGAACAGAUGGUGACUGCAACCUGCAAUGACAUCAGAAAGUCUCUCGGCCAGCUGGAUAUUAACAUCAACCUUGAUCAGCUCCCACCUGUGCAUGAUCAACUUAACAGUGUUAACAACAUUCUUAGAACAAAUUUGACUGACCUGGUUGAACAGGGCUAUAAAUCCUUUAAUGACAUACCUGAGAUGGUGCAAAACCAAACCAAGAAUAUCAUAUCAGAUGUCAAAAGUGUCUUGGAUUCCAUCGGUUCAAAAAUCUCAGAUGUAACCAAUCAGUUCCCUAUUCAGGAUAAAUUAUCAGAUUUCAAGGGUUAUAUUAAUGAUACUGAAAAGUCUGUCAACCAGGGUUUGCUCACAUUGGAAGAAUAUGAAUCAUACAGGUGGCUGGGCUGCUUGGCUGUCUGCUGCUUGCUGACUCUCAUUGUGAUUUUUUAUUACCUGGGGUUACUGUGUGGCACUUGUGGCUAUGACAAAAACGCCACUCCCACCAGCAGGGGCUGUGUCUCCAACACCGGCGGCAUCUUCCUCAUGGCUGGAGUUGGAGUAAGUUUCCUUGUUUGCUGGAUCUUGAUGAUCAUCGUGGCUCUUACUUUUUUCAUUGGUGGAAAUGUUCAAAAAUUAGUCUGUGAACCUUAUGAAAACAGGAAGUUAUUCCAGAUUUUGGACACACCAUACUUACUAAAUGAGAAAUGGGAAUACUAUGUUUCUGGCUGGAUGUUUCAGAAACCAUAUAUCAAUCUCACUUUUGAAAAAGUUUACAGUGAUUGCAAAGAAAACAAAGGCAUUUAUACCUCACUGCAGCUUGAGAACCUCUUCAAUGUCAGUGCACAUCUCAACAUUCAAGAGUACACCCAAGACAUAACCAAUGAAUUUGAACAUCUGAACAUAAACCUUGACAAUAUAGUUCUGCUGGAUGACGCAGGAAAACAAAGCCUUGAGGAUUUCAGUACUCUGGGAGUAGAGAAGAUAGACUAUACAGCUUACUUGAUGGAGAUCGGUAAAAACCUCACAAAAGUGAAUCUUGUAUCAUUUGCUGAUAAUCUACUUGUAACAGCAAGCCGUUUGCCCCCAGGAGCUUUGAAAACGUCCCUGGACGGUCAUGCCCAGAGUAUUAAAAGAAUUCACCAACGUGAAGUUAUUCCUUUGGAACGAUCAAUGAGUACGUUAAAUCAAAGCCUCAAGGUCCUUCAGCGCAUCAGCAAUGGAUUAACGGAGAAACUGAACAAAAUCAUUCUCUCUUUGGAUUCUGCUCAAAAAUUCAUCAGUAAUAAUGCUUCUUCUCUAAUUGUGGAAGAAAGUAAGACAUAUGUGAAUACCAUAAUAGGAUACUUGGAACAUUACAUACAGUGGGUCAAAGACUCUAUCACUCACAAAAUUGCAGCCUGCAAACCCGUGGCCACCGCUUUAGAUUCUGCUGUUGACGUCUUUCUGUGUAGCUACAUUGUGGACCCUUUGAAUUUGUUUUGGUUUGGCAUAGGAAAAGCUACACUGUUUCUCCUUCCGGCUAUAAUCUUUGCUGUCAAGCUGGCCAAGUACUACCGUCGAAUGGAUUCGGAAGAUGUGUAUGAUGAUGUUGAAUUUGUAUCCAUGAACAAUAUGGAAAAUGUUAAUAACAGUUAUCAUAAAGAUCAUUUAUAUGGUAUUCACAAUCCUGUUAUGACAAGCACUAUGGAACAUUGAUAGCUGAUAUUGAAAUUGCUUAAGCAUCAGGACACUCAAAGUGGAAAGAUCACAGACUUCUGGUAGUUUCUGGGCCGACAAUCACUUUCCAAAUCCUGGAGGACUUCUGGUGGCUGACCCAGCAUCUCAGACGGGCACAAGCAGACCCCUUUGGGAAUGAUGCCGCUCACCUCUGGGUAGUGCUUCCUUAGGAAUUAACACACGUACACCAGCAGCACUUGUGUCCAUCACUGGUCAAGGAAAGUUCCACCACCACCCCUGCGCCCCACCCUGGUUCUUUGUGUUACUUUUGUGUUUUUUUUUUUUUUUAAACUUUUUUACACUGGGUUUCUAUUCUGAAACUACAACACAUGGUGUAUUCCCUUUGAUACAUUUCUGCAUCAAACAGCUAUUCAAACGUCAUGGCUCAAUUUUUAACAUACUGUCAUCUGACGAGUCGACACCACAGAUACAGGAAAGAUGCGUUUUGUGUAUGUAAAUUUUGUAUUUCUUCUGUUAGCACACACGGCCAGAGUGUUUUAAACCAAUGAGUAUUGAUGAUUUACUUCCUAAGUGGAUUUAUUACCAGGUCAGUGUUGACUUAUUGCUGCUGUUGAAAAUGAUCUAUUUUUACUAAAAGAAGUGUGAAAACCACAGCAAAUCCUUUCUCUCCAAUGAUUUACUUUUUCAAUAACUUGUCAUGUUCAGUUUGGAAAUAGAAUGCAAAGCCAGUCACAGAGAGACCUGCUUAAUUCUGUCUAGCAAAUUAAAAACACACACACACAGAGAUCCUGAAAGAAGGAAAUGCGGUUCAUUAGAAACUCGUCGUUAUUUUAACAGAUGCCAAUUACAGUGUAUGCUUAAGGUAAUUUCCUGAUUUAUAAGCCUAACCAUUAAUUGGAGUGCUGCUGGAUAAUUUGAUAACAAGUGUUGCUGGGGAUUUUAAAAUGAAAAAGGAGAAGAUUCUGCCAGGAUUCUUAGAUCUGAAAUCUAACAUAAAUGAAACCUUUGAACUUGGUCCUUAAAAACAUGUGAAAGCACAAAAUAAAUACCCAUUUACUUUGAGAUUUUUCUGUUAGCUUUGCCAUUAUCAGAAGCGAUCAGAAUGAAAAACUCAUUGAAUAAAAUAUCAUUUAUGUAAUGAAUUUUAAAAAGUAGAUGUUUCACCAGAUCUUUUCAUGUGCAGAUUACAGUUCUGAUUUAUUGCAAUAAAAAGGAACUUGAAAAGCAUGGUCUAUCUGUUACUUCCUUCGUAGACCCAGAGAUUGUCAAAUUUCAGAUGAUGAAAUUUGGGUUUACUUUAUAUGUUUAUUCUAUAUCCCCAUCGUAAGGUGCCAUAUACAGAGUCCCUGGG